UGAGGAAGACAAUGAAUUUUGUCCCUAGAAAUGGUAGUUAUUUCCUGCUUACCGUUCAGCGCUAUGAUGUCAGUAUAAUGUGACCGGGCGGGAUAGUUUACCGGAGUGUCCUCGGCGUGGUGUUUCAGUGAGGUAGCAAUAUCAAGUCGUGAUCAGAUUACUCACAUACACUCGUACAUUAAAUGCAUGGAGGCACGUCCUUAAAUGACUUUAGAUGUUAAUAUGACGUUAAACCUAAAUAAAACCAAUCAAACCAACGCUGAUGGAGAAAAAAGACGAAAUCGACGUGUGCACACGGGUUUAACUUCGGCGUACUACCGGUACUUUCGGCUCUGUAUCUACAUGAAGAUUGGACAGUAGAAGAAGGAUAACCACCCAAGGCUAUACAGGGACAGAAGAUGAUGGACUUUUCGUAUGGUAAAUGUUCGCUAAAGCUACACCCAGCGUCGGCCUUCCUAGUUCUUAUACUGUGUUCUGGUGUUCUGCUUUUGUAUCAGGAGAGGUAUCACACGGAGAGCAUGACACUCAACCGUAGUCCAAAAUAUGUUCCUAGCCAAACUGAACAAAAUAUUAAAUCGAACCCUAACGAAAACCAAAGUGUACAUGUAGUUACCAUGCAGACAAAGAAUACGUCGUCAAUAAGGAAUCUAAAUGUUUUGAAAACGUCUCCAAACCCUACCAAAGGACCUUCCAGCAUGUCAGCAAAACCAGCGAGCACCAUUACCAGAGUCGUAUCAAGAACAAAUCCUGUGAUGAGUGAGUGCGUGAAAUCCCAGGCCCCGCCCGACAGUAACUACCUCCGUGAUGCCCUCCUCAUUGGGAGGUUGCCCUCCAAAGCAGAAAUGUGCGUCAUGUCAGUAGCGCAUCUAGACACAUUAAUGCAAGCGUACAUGAACACUAUCCAGAUACUGUGUGGGAGCAGUAUGAUGAGAAUGGGCGCCAGGAAAGACGGCGGCUGGGACGUCUGUCCGAACGACCGCUAUCUACAAAGGAACAACUGCCUAGUAUACUCAUUUGGGAUCUGUAACGACUUCAGUUUUGAUGAUGAAAUAGCGCAGCAGUAUGGAUGUAAAGUGUAUUCGUUUGAUCCAAGCAUGAAGAAAAAGGAUCACAUCCGGAGCCAGAAACCUUUCGUGUCUUUUCAUGCUACAGGUCUGUCCGACUUUAACGGUACAAGUAAUGACAGAAAUCGCUGGAAGAUGAGGACGCUGUCAGGCAUUCGACAGGACCUAGGACAUACACAGACGAUGCCUGAUAUCCUGAAGAUGGAUAUAGAAUUCUCCGAAUGGAACGCUCUACCUGACAUUUUGCACAGCACGCCCACAAACGAUCUUCCUAAUCAGCUGAUUGCUGAAUUCCACUACUUUGUAUUUAAAACGGACCUCAAAACCCACUGGCUCAGGGUGUUGUUUACUUUAAAAGAUUUGUACGAUGUAGGCUAUCGAAUAGGGUGGAUUUCAAGAAAUAUUGAUAGUAAUUGCAUUAAAAAAUCUGCAUCAACAGGUAAAAUGUAUUAUUUGUGUCAUGAAGUGACAUUUCUUAAAGAAAAUCCUUCUGCUGCCAAACACCAUGAUUAACUUUAUUUUAACUUUCCUAAGUUUCAUGUUAUGUUGAUAAACGGGAAUUGCCAAUAUCUCAUUUGUUUAUUUACGUCUUUAGCAUCUUUUAAGGAAUAAGUUUAUUGCUUUUCAUACGCCCGUCGUCCGACGGGUCAUAUUAUGGUAUGGGCUGCGUUGUCCGAUGACCGUCCGUUAACUUUUCCUUGUCAUCCAUCUCCUGCCUUCAUUCAUGAACAUAUCUUGAUGACACUUGUUACACAUAUUGCACACCAAUAUAACUUGAACGAGUUUGCAUUUCAAAAGUUUCGAUCAAUUCCUUUCAAAUUGUAUAGGGUAAUGCUAGAAGCAAUAAUGUUCAACAUAUAUUAAGGGCUUUUCUGUCGAGUUUUAACUUUCUGCGUUUUGGCGUAUCACACUUGAUAUAGCAACACUGUACUUCAUUUUUGCCGUUAACUUUUGCUUGUUUACACGAUAACUCAAACAAUUGUUCUCGUUUCAUUACCUGAAUGCUUUGAAUGUGCAUUUAAACGGUAUUCGGCAGAGUUAUGCCCCUUUUUCAUUGCCAAGUAAAGGCAUUCCGUCAAAAAUUUAAGAACUUUUUUUUUAUUUUUUUGUUCAAGAGUCCUACCUUAAAGCCAAGGUUUUAGUUUUAGUAAUAGCAACAUUGAGUAUAAAGUGUAAUUCUGAAACACAAAAUAGCUAGCGCCAUAAACACAGUUAAUGAAUGGCAAGGUCACAGUCACCAGCAAAACGGUGGCGGUAAACACAUUUUUAUCAUAUGUCACUACCUGUUUCCAAUAUAUCAAUACCCCUCCGAGGAGACUGACGAACGUAUCAUGCUUCCGCUCGCGGUGCUCUUGUAUCUACUAUUAAUGCCACCAAACGGUGCUGUAAGGCUAUGUGUCGCACGCAUGUGCGCGUCAUACAAUGUCCCUGGUCAUACACAUUUUGCUUAUUGUUAAAAUAGUUUGAUCGAUUGCAAAUCUUCUUUUUACUAUAUAUACGGAUUGGGUUUUAUGAUAUUAUAAUUAAUAAUGCAUAGCCUGGGUAAUACAUAGUUGACUAAUUAUAACUAUGUACUUUAAGACCUCUUUCUGUUUCUUCCCUUAAGAUGACCAUUCAGUCCCAGUAUGAUAAUAGGUAGUAUUUUCAUACACUAGGUGAACGAAAGUAGUCAACCAAUCAGUACAUGUAAAGUUACGAAGAUUUUAGCAAUACAGAUUUCUGUUGAAUGAUAACUUGUUCUAACGAAAGAAUAACACAUGCGUACCUGUUUUUAUAUUUUAUUUAUUUUAUUUGUUCAUGAAUUUAUUUGACGAAGCAUUUCAAAAUAAAAAUA